UGUAAAUAAAGAAUAUAAUAUAUAUUUAUUGUCAAGAUAAUCGCGUUGGUGUAAAUUUUUUACUGUUUAUAUUAAAUACUAUUAUGUCUUAAAAACAAAUUCUAAAUCUGCUGUUCGUAUACUGAAUACAAAAAUAUAUACAUUAUUUGUGUUAUAAGUUUACUCUAUAUAAUGUGUACUCCAGACUUACCAAAAGAGUUUAAAAAAUCAUCUGAAGUAUUGCCAUUUUCAAAAUAUGGAGUUUCAUCACUUGAAGAAUUCAAACUAGCGGAAGAGCAGGUACAACAUUUAGAAUGGCUAAAGAAAGCUGGUUUGACCAAUGAAGAAGUUAAGUUAUAUCAAGAUAAUGAAGCAGGACUUCUUGAGCAACAGAGUAAAUCUGAAUCCAGUAUAUUAAAGCAGAAACUACAAUUAUUGUACAAAAAAAUUAAUGAAUUUCAAGAGAAUAAAGACGGCUCAAAUAAAAAUGAAGAUCCAGUACCCAGUACUUCAUCUAAUAGUGAAUCUAAUCAAAAGAAUACAAUACAUUUUUACCCGGAAGGCCAUCCAAUGAAUGAGCUCAAAAAAAUUGAGGAAAGUCUUUUUAGCCAUUUAAAAAAUGAUGACAUAUUGCCAAUUACUAAACGAAGAAAGAUCUUACGAAGGUUGGACCGAAAAAAGGAAAGGAUUUUGUCUCAACAAAAAGAACUGCAUAUAGAUCCAAUACCAUGUUCUUCAAAGGCUAAAUUGGGUAGUUUGUGGGAUGUGAAAGAUAUACCAGAUAGACUUAAAGAGCCACCAAGCAAAAGACCUCUUAUUGGCCCAAAAAAACAGACUAUGUAUACCAUAAAGGAUAAUAAAAUUGUAAGAUUGGAGCAGGAAGGUCAGGAGGAGUUCCGGGCGGUUGACAUUGUCUUACCACAAAAUCAGGCAGAGGAACAAUUGUUAGAAGGAACUAAGAUGAGUCUUGACGAUAUUAAAAGUAUUGAACGGUUCAAAGAUUAUAAACCUGGGAUUCCUUCAAAGGUUCUAUACUUGAAGAAUAUUGCACCUUCUGUAAGUGAAGAUCAGAUUUCCCUAUUAUUCAAUCAAUUUCAACUUGAAAACGGUGGCCCAAUUGAUGUUCAUCUUCUGAGUGGCCGUAUGAGGGGACAAGCAUUUGUUACAUUUAGAAGUGAAGACUUAGCAAUACAAGCAUUAGACGAAGUCAAUGGUACAAUUAUGUCCGGUCGACCUAUCAUCGCUGAGUUUGGCAGAAACAGCAAUCGAGUACAGAAUGAGAGAUAAAUAUAAAAAUAUUGUAUUUAAUCAUAAGUAUUACUAUGCUAAUUAUACUCUAUGUAUAAACAUUAUACCUAAUUAUUAAGAAAAAUUACAAAUUCUGCAUAAUAUAAAGAUAUUCCUAAGUUAUUUUCCUUC